AUGACUCCCAACCAGCUGAGGGUCACCUCUCCGAUAUCCAGGCAGAAAGAAGAGACAAUGGAUAGCAGGAGUGGCUCUGAGCAGCACAAAGACUGUACCACUUCAGGGCAUGGCCAGAGGCUAAAGUCAGAGCCCUCUUUCCAGACUGGCUCCCUCUUGCCUUCCCCCAGUUCAUCUCUGAUAUCACAGCUCCUCAACCACCCAAUGGCUGGCAGGAGCCUGGAUCCCACCAUCCUUUUCCCUUCCUCUGUGGCAGUGGCCCUGCCUCAGGACUACAAUUGUGAUUCAUCUGCUGGAGAAGAAGCACAAGCCCUGGCUUUCCCCAGGACCCACACCUCAGCUCCUGUGCCCUGUGAUGGUGAGAGGGACCAGGUCUCCAGCCAGCACCUACAGGACCAGCUCUCUGACCAGCACCUACAAGCCAAGCGGGCGAGGGUGGAGAGCAUCAUCCAAGGCAUGAGCUUCCCACCAAGCCCUCAGGCAUUUGGCAUCAGCCUGGAGGCAGCUUUUGGGCAUGGGAGAGAGACAGGUGGUGAGAUGCCUCGGGAAAACAAGAGGAAGCUGAGGCUGCCCCAGCAGGGCACAGGGGCAGCCAGUCAAGUGACUCCUACAGGGAGCAGCCACCAUGCUGAGGGCUGCCAGCAGCUGAAGGAACAGCUCUGCAUUUUAGAGCAGCAGCUGAGGAGGCUUCAGGAGAAAUUCUCCCAGGUCUAUGACUCUAGGGAUGCUGCUCAAACCCAGGAAGGUGCUGAGAAAGUGCAUCCACUGCCUGGAAAGCCUGGAGACAAACUGGAUAAGGACAGUGCCAGCAGUGACCCACAAAAAGCACCUCUCUGGAGGAGCAUCCUGGAGGUGUGUGAGCCAGAGGAAGAUGAAGACAGAGGUGACACAGGCAGCCUGCCCUCUGCAGAGAUGGUCCUCUCGCAGGCACUGAAGCAGGAGCUAUCUAGGGUGGUGUCCCAAGUGGUGGACACUGUUCUGAAGACUGCCUGGCCAAAGGCAGCCAGCCACCUCCUGGAGCAGCACCGCAGCCUCCUGGUGCCAGGGCCAGAUGCCAGGAGGGAGUAUUUUACUGCUGGGAAAUGCAGAAAGCCACUUGCUAAGCCAUCUGCCACGAAUGCACCAGCUGCACUGGGCUCACCCCAGGCCGAAGCCCUGUCAGGAGCUUUGGGGAAGAGCCUAGACUCUCAUGCUGAUUCCUUCAGCUCAAAGGGGGUCAGAAAAGCCUCUCAGGUACCCAGUAUGGGUUAUUCACUGGGCUCAACUCUCCCCAUCCAAGGCAGCCAUCUGCUGAGCCAGCUGUUGGGCUAUAGCCAGCACAGCCUCUGGAGCAGUGGCUCUUGUGGGAGCCCCUCUGCUCCAGAGAGGGGUCCUCCAGAGCCCCUUGACUUGCACUGGGGAACUGUCAAACUGAGGUCAUCAGUGGCAAGACAGCAGCAGCAGCCCCUGCCCCUGAGCCCUGCUGACAUGGAGAGCCUGGCACUGCUGCCAGCUGGCAGGGAUGGCCACAGGGAGCUGCAGGCUGCCUUUGACAGGGUGCCUUUUGCCUCCACCCAUAUACAGGAGGCACUGACCCCCAGCCACCUGAAGAAGGCCAAGCUGAUGUUUUUCUUCACCCGCUACCCCAGCUCCACUCUGCUGAAGACCUACUUCCUUGAUGUGCAGUUCAACCGCUACAUCACCUCCCAGCUCAUCAAGUGGUUCAGCAACUUCCGUGAGUUCUACUACAUCCAGGUGGAGAAGUUUGCUCGGCAGGCCCUGCUGGAGGGUGUCCUGGAUGCUGGCACCCUCGAGGUCUCCCGGGACUCGGAGCUUUUCCGUGCCCUGAACAUGCACUAUAACAAGGGGAAUGACUUCGAGGUGCCUGGGCGGUUCCUGGAGGUGGCCAGCCUGACGCUGCGGGAGUUCUUCAGUGCCAUCCAGGCGGGCAAGGACGCUGACCCCUCCUGGAAGAAACCCAUUUACAAAAUAAUCUCCAGACUGGACAGCGAUAUCCCAGAAGGGUUCAAAGCCACUGGCUGCUCCCAGGAACUGCUCUGCAGCUGA